AUGUACCUGUAUAAAAGUGUGGCAGGAAAGCUUAGACUAGAUAUCAUGACCAAGCCUACACACGCUAUCGUUUUCUUCACUUCAUCGAAAACUGCAGACAUCGUCGCGCUGGCAGCUAUAUCUGGCAGCCAUGUUGUCAACACUACAUCGAAAGUUCGCUGGAAUAAGAAGGUAUACAAGGCUAAGGUAUGUGCGGACUCUGAAUUAUCGUCGUGUGUCCUCAGUAUGUCCCUAAAUAUCCCUUUCAAGAUCGUUCACAUCGGCACGAGAGCUCAGUGUGAAGAAAAGAUCAAGGAUGUAAACGAAGAAGGAACGUUGAUGGAAAGCUUCUUCACUGUUGGAGCCAGCAGUGUUACUGGACAGGACGAAGACAUUGCUGAGACAGUCAAUGCUGACCCGGUGCUCGAAGCCCUACAUCACGUGCAGAGAGGAAUGAGUGAAAUGCUCGAGCAGAUGAUGCUCAUGAGAAGAACGACCGCGGGCGCCCUGCGUGAGUUUGAGAUGAGAGUGCAAGGAUCAUUUUCCCGUUUAGAGCGGCGUAUAACUGAUUUGGAGUCCUCAGUUGAUGAACUAAAGCUGAAGCAAGGAAGCACGUCUACAGAAGAUGGGAUUGACUUUUCACUUCUUUCUCGUGAGCGAGUAGAGACACUGCUCUCCCUGAAGUGUGGUCGGCUAACAAAAUUCGCUCUCGCAUUGGAGCAAGAACUGUAUGAGCACGACCCUUCGGAGCUUCUGCUCAACGUAGAGGACAGAAAACUGACGGCAAGAAGGGUAAACUUCAUCCGAGAGGUCGUCUUCAAAUACUUCAACGUCUCUGAAAGUGCCAAGAAGAGCGUGUGGCAGACGGUGAAGAAUGCUUUAGACGGCAGGGUGCGAACAUCACGCGCUCGCAAGUCAAAUGUGCAGUCGGCGGACCACAGGGGCCUCUCGCCCUCGCCGGCCAGAAUCUUGCUCACACCUCCACGAAGGGAAGAGGUGUACGAAUUCAGUGACAAUUCUUCUGACCACCAAUUUUUUGAAUUGUAA